AGCGGACCCAUGGUAUGAGCGUCUCCAUUGGCCUACGCGACAGCGACAGCGCAGCAGGCUCUGCGUCAGAGCGGCAGCUCCUCGCGAGGGAGGACUUCAGCCUGCUGUCGCCAGCGUACUGGCGCCGCGCUCUCGACGCGCUCUUUCUACAUAACGCGCUCAACCUGCUGAUGCUCUGCUUACCGCUGGCGAUCUUUGCAAAGAAGCGCGACUGGGACGCCGGCACCGUCUUCUUCCUUUCGCUCGUUGCAAUCGCGCCGUUCGCAGAGCGUCUGAGCUACGUGACGGAGCAGCUGGCGCUGCACACAUCUGAGGCGCUGGGCGGCCUGCUGAACGCAACCUUUGGCAACGUGACCGAGAUCAUCGUCAGCUUCUUUGCACUCAAGGGUGGCAUGCUGCGCAUCGUGCAGGUGUCGCUGCUCGGCUCCAUCCUCUCCAACCUGCUGCUCGUGCUCGGCUGCGCCUUCUUCGCGGGGGGCAUCCGCCACAAGCACCAGUACUUCAACGUCCACGGCUCCGCCGUCAACGUCGGCCUGCUCGUCAUCUCGGUGAUGGCGCUGCUCUUUCCGAUGAUGCUCGAGGCGUCCCACGAGGUGCUCGCGCCGGGUGCGGUGAUGGCGGUCUCGCGCUCUGUCUCCUGCCUGCUUCUACUCCUCUACGCGGGCUACAUCUUCUUCCAGAUGAGCACGCACCCUCACUUGUACGACCAGCCCGGCGGCGAGGGCGGCGAGGGCGGCGGCGCCGACGCCAACGGGGAGGAGGAGGAGGAGGAGGAGGAGGAGGAGGCGGUGCUGGGCGUGGCGGGCUCCAUACUGUGGCUGGCCAUCAUCACCGUGGUGAUUGGGCUGCUCUCCGAGUACAUGGUCGACGCGCUCGAGGACGCGGCGGAGGGGUGGGGCGUGCCAAACCUCUUCCUGGGCGCCAUCAUCAUCCCGAUCGUCGGCAACGCCGCGGAGCACGCCGCCGCCAUCAUCUUCGCCGUCAAGAACAAGAUGGAGCUCGCCGUCGGCAUCGCGGUCGGGUCGUCGAUCCAGAUUGCCAUCUUUUGCGUCCCUUUGCUGGUGGUGACCGCCUGGGCACUCGGCAUCGAGCUCUCGCUCAACUUCCAGCCCUUCGAGACGGGCGUGCUGCUGGUGACGGUGAUGCUGGUUGGCUUCACCAUCCUCAACGGCGAGUCGAGCUGGCUCAUCGGCGCCAUGCUCAUCGUCGCCUACUGCUCCCUCGCCGCCGCAUUCUUCGUGCACAAGGAUCCGCCAGGCCUCCCUCGCCCUCCCUCCCUCCCUCCCUCGUAUACCUACGACAGCCGAUGAGGCCUCUCUGCUCGCGCGCUCGCUCGUGCCGGCUACGUAUACCUACCACAGACUCCCUUCAGUAUUUUACCGCGUUCCCUCCUCCUGCGCCCCUCUAUGGACGCUCUGCCCCCUGCGCGCGCGAGUCCGCAAGACCCACGAGCCCGCCGCUGGAGUCUCUUCCGCGAGUAUGUUGCGUGCUCAUCGUGGGGUCUCGCGCGCUCGCGUACAACACCAUUCUUGGUGACCGUCUUAUUAUUGCUGUUGACACACACACGCCCAUACUUGGCGGCACUGCCGACGUAUCUCACCCGCACCGCCCGCGCGAAAA